GGCAGUAAUUCAACACUUUAAGGGUGGCAGCUGCCGCUACACCUCGAAGAAGAAGAAGAAAAAAAAACGAAGUAGAAGAAGAAAGAAGAAGAAAGCGAGCCACCGUAGUGUAGGAAACCGCUGCGUUUAUUAGCUUGUUAAUUUUAGUUUCCAGCUGACGACAGCCGCCCGCCGCAGGUCGGGGCUCAGAACGCGUGUUUUGCAUCCGUCGAUGGAGUUGGAAUAAAACCCUUAAACCCCCGUUGGGUGAAUAGAAAGCCACGCAUUUGUAUAGCGAAACAGCGUUAGCACCUCCGUAAAAGGUAAACCGGUUGAGCUCAGCUAACGUCAAUUAGCUAGUAGCUUAGUUUGGUUCCUCCUAACGGGGUCGACGGGAUGUCGUACAGGAAAACUUUGAAACUUAUUUGCGGGGUCGCCGGAGGCUCGGCCGUCCUGGUGUUAGCCGCCGGUGCCGCCGCAGAGUACCGCGGAAACCUCGGCGAGCCGCCGGGAGAGGCGGCCGGUCGACGGGCGAUAUUCGGAGUGCUUCGGGCGGCGCAGCCGGCGUGGACCCCCGCCAGCCACACACCGACACCCACCGGACACGCGUGGGACUUUAACUGGGAUAAGAGAGACCCACAUACACUGACCAACGGGAAGAAGACCAACGCCCCGGCGACCGAAGACCCCAGCUCUGAGCAGGACAACAGUAAACCCAAGGCCACGCGCAACAUCCUCCUCAUCAGACACUCCCAGUACAACCUGAGCGGCACCGUCGACAAAGAGAGGAUCCUCACGCCGUUGGGCCGCGAGCAGGCCGACUUCACCGGCAAGCGGCUGGCAGCGUUGGGCCUCAAGUACGACGUCAUGAUCCACUCCAGCAUGGCCAGGGCCACGGAGACGGCCAAUAUUAUCAGCAAACACCUGGCAGGUCCAGGAGUGGAGCUUGUUAGCUGUGAUCUUCUGAGAGAGGGGGCACCGAUCGAGCCCGUUCCACCGGUCACUCACUGGAAGCCUGACGCUGUGCAGUACCACGAAGAUGGGGCGCGCAUUGAAGCAGCCUUCCGCCGCUACAUUCACCGGGCCGACCCCAAGCAGAAGGAGGACAGCUACGAGAUCAUCGUGUGUCAUGCCAAUGUGAUCCGGUAUUUUGUCUGCAGGGCUCUACAGUUUCCCCCAGAGGGCUGGUUACGAAUGGGCCUGAACAACGGCAGCAUCACAUGGCUCACCAUCCGACCCAGCGGCAGGGUGGCCCUCAGAACUCUGGGCGACGCAGGGUUCAUGCCUCCAGACAAACUAACGCGGACCUGAAAGGCUACAGGGACUGCGAUGCCCAGUCCGUUGGUUGCAAAGCUCAGUUUUCUCCUUAAGUGUCUUGAAAAUAAAUUUUAAUGUUCUUAUUUUGUAAUUGAACUAUCCCCAUCUGAUGAGACUCUAUGGUUGGGAUUACUUCUGUGCCAUAGAACGCCAGCAGAAAUGAUCAACAGCUGCUCCUGAAUGUAAACUGAGGAUUUUUUCAUAAGUGAGAUUUUUAAACCAAAAAAAAAAAAGUUGUAUUUGUAUAGUUGUUGUAAAUGCAAAUCUUGGUCUUAGCGUUACAUCGCUCAUCACAGUAGGUUGAUUUGUGAAGAUAAUUAUGUUGUAAGGUGCAGCUGUAGUUAAUAAAAGGAAAUGAUUAUUUGGA